AUGUCCAGGAACACAACUCAUCAAGUAUCCAAUGGUAUGUCGUCACUUCUUCCUCAACAAGUACAUACGUUUCCUAUUCAGACGAACGGAUAGUUCCGAUUGUGGCUCCACUGCCCCCCAAUUCCCUCGAGAACUUUCUGAAGAUCGCCUGGUUCGCCGACACAAUAGCCAUCUACUUGAAUCGUGGCGAAGAUCGAACGAUUCUGAACGCUUCGACGAUUUCUCUGCUGGCGACGGGCGGACAACCGGAACUGACCGUCAUUUGGCAGGAAAUGGUCCGUCUGGACCGAGUGCCGCCGACUUGCAUGAAUAUUAUGGGAGCUCAGCGGGACCUCCGAUCGAUGCUCAUCCUGAUCAUCGAGAGGGUCUAUCCGGAGGUGUGCCAGCUCGGCAAUCCGGGCGGGAACAUGCAGGUGGCGAUUCGGACGCCCUACUGGGAAGCGCCCCGUCCUGAUUUUCUGCACUUGCUCCGUUCGUUUGUCGCAUCGCCGUCGCACGACUUUUUCAACUUUUACCUCAAAAACUGGCUGCCCACUCGCACCCGAUGCUUCACAACCGUCGAUUUUCUGUGGAGAGGCAUGAACGCGGUCUCGUUGUUCUAUGAACAAGUGCAGCGCGAUCAGAGGGAUCAUCCGCAUCUGAGACGGGCGCUGGAGGCGAGACCUGUCCAGAAUCGGAAUGUGCUCGCCGUGAGGGCAGCCGCUCCGCAGACAGCGAUCACGCAGGGUGAGUGUCAGAGUCGAGGCCUCAAUUUGAAAGGUUUUUCAGGCGAUCAAGCACUCGAGAACAUCGAGAACGUUCCACAACAGCCACAGCCGGCCCGAAACAAGAUUCCUCAGUUGGUCGGUAAUCCAUUCGAUUCAUCUUUUUUGCAGAAUACGCUCGCACGUAAGUAGAUAAUACUUGAGGCCUGUCACUAUAAAACAAGCUUGUAAAAUAGUGACAGACCUCUUUUUAGAGGUUCUAGUCACUUUUCUUUUUGCAGAAGCAGUGAACGAUUACAUGAAUACCAAGGGGGGCAAUGUGCCGGUCCCGGAGACUUUGUGCAAUACGCUCCGCACGGUCUAUGACUUUCUGAAGCCCCGCACCAAACUUGAGUGGCUUGUAAUGGUGUCGGAAUUGGUCGAGGAGGCGGCCACUUUUGUAUGA